AUGUUUCAUACGCUCCUGUUGUGUUUGCUGAUCAGCUUCAUUUGUUUAUCAUCGUCUGAAUCACAGUUCACUGUUAACAUCGACCCUGGAGAUGAGAGGUGCUUUUACGCCCCCGCCGAGACCGGUGAGAAGCUUGUCAUCCAGUAUAACGUCGUGCAAAAAGGAGAUGAGGCCGAAUCGCGGAUCAACUUUUACCUCACUACUGCGUCUGGUGCGAUAGUGGCCUCAGACCUCGAACGCAGCCGGAACUUCCACAGUUUCAUUGCCGAGGAAGACGGUGACUUCAAGGCGUGCUUUGGAAACUUCCUCACCUACAGCAUCAAGCAGGUGUUCUUCACAACCUCAGUAGGAAACCGAAGCGGUAGUGAUUGGAAUCGCCAGGACAUCGUCUUCGAAGCGACAGAAUCUUCGAAGGAUUAUGACUUCAAGCUGUUUGACAUCGAGCACCUGAUCGACCAGAUGGGUGUGCGUCUGUACCAGGCUCGGCAGCAGCAGCGGCAGCUGCGGCUGCUGGAGGCGCGGGACCGCAGCGUGGCAGAGGCCAACCUGCAGACGGUGAACCGGUGGUCGCUGCUGCAGAUGGCCGUGAUGGUGGCCGUGCUGGCCGUCCAGGUGCUGAUGGUGAGGAGCUUCUUCUGCGACCCCGUGCCCCGCGCCAGUCGCCGCUGGCGGUGGAAGUGACGGCUGGCCGACUACUGCUUGUUUUGCACUCCCUGCGUUGAGAAUGGAGAGUCGCCGCCAUCAUCAGCGUGUUUACGGUGUAGUGCUCAUGUUUUAUUGUGCGAUAGUGUCUGAUGUGGCACUGGCGGCUGGUUCGUGAUAAUUUCCAUUCAUGCUGUUCUACCGGGUGUGCGCAGAUAAUGGAUAUAGGCCUGGCUUAAAAGAUACUCUGGUUUUUGGCCGAUGGCUACCGGAAAUCAUGUGUCUUUACGGUUCUCUGGUGUUCUCUGGUGUCGGUAGUCGUAUCAUAAAAGAAAUACUUCAUCCAGGACAAAAACAAAAUAUCCUGUUCAUUGAAUGCCUCGAGGGUCUGGAAAACUACGGAGAACACAGUAAUUCGCUGACCCAUGUUUUAGAAAAGGGAAGAUUACCCCACUCUUUUUUUCGUUUCUACAAUAUAGCGUGAAGCAUCUGUAUGUGAUGGAGGUCGGACCGCACGUUGCACGAUACAAAGGUAAGCUCGCUAAUCCAGCUGUAGGCAUUUGGUCAAAAAACAUGGAGCCAUUAGUAUGAUAGUUUAUUUAUAUUUGCUCGCAGUAACGUCUUUGUUCUCCUUUUUAUAAUUUGACUUAGAUAUUGAACGUUUAAUAAAUAUGAUAAUUGACUGAA